CUUCGAGGCUCCCGCUAUUGCACCCCAGUAUCUUCUUGCCGGUAUUUGAUCAUGUCCACCCGAAGGAGCGCCAGACUCCACGCUUUGCAGGACCGGGGGCCUAUAAGCGCCCAGAAUGACUCCGUACCUGACAUGCCUAGCAAAACAGCCAAGCGGAAAGGAACAGUGAGCGAAUUGCACGAAAAGCCCUUCGCCAUCGGCAAUACGAAAAGACACAUCGCCAGUAAUGAUGGGAGGCCAGCUACAAAGAAAGUAAGGGCAGAAACUAGUGGCAAGACGACUAAAGAAUUGUCCGCGAAGUCUCCAACGAGUACAGCAACCGAUCUUCUUUGGUCCUGUCCACGAGAGAUUCUGAACUUGAUUUUGGACCAUAUCGAGGAUACUAGAAUGCUCGGAAGACUAAGCUGCACCAGCAAGAGCUACUUUGCCAUGGUUACGCCUCGGCUCUACGAGCGCAUCAAUGUCACUGUAUCAUAUCAUGCUCAUAUUCCCAAGCUCAUCCGAACUCUUGAGCCAUUCCUAUCUAUUAAUCAGAAAAAACAACUCAGGAAGGAGGGCCAGUAUCGAGGCCAACAAGAAAGCUUUUCAAACGUAAUUGAUCCCCAAAAGAAGCCUCGUUUUGGGGAGUACGUCCGUCAAGCCAACCUUUUUAUCGGCGACCCAGGAAAAAACCACAAGUUCAUUGUGAAUCGAUAUGUCGAGGAAGCUCUGAAAAAUAUGACCAAUCUCGAGGUCGUCGAAACUUCCAGUAUUACAGAAUCUAUUUCCAAGAGUCUAGCCAGCCAAAAGAAUCUCAGGGCAUUGAAUGUAUCUGCCGGUAACUUGGGAGAAAGCGAGGCCACAUCGCUGGCCAAAAUCAAAGAUCUCAGGCACUUGGCCAUCCAUCUGCUCGGUUUUGCUAGCCCCAACUUCCGAAAAGAUAACACUCCCUUAUCCUUGAUUCUCAACUCUCGAUCGACCCUCCGAAGUCUAGAGAUAGAGACUGGAUCAUUCAGUUCUGUGUUCUUGGAUGACUGGCCAAAAAGCAAGAGCCUUACGUCACUCAAAUCAUUCUCUCUUACUGGAGCCACUAUUGAUGAAGACUUUUUGAGCGCUCUGGCAAAUGCUGUAGACUUUGUUGCGCUAGAAGAAUUGAAAUUUGGCUAUCUUUCUCAUGACCUCAAAAUAUUGUUUGAACAUCUCAGCAACAUCUUUUCCAAGGCCCGAGAUGACCAGAAGGCCAACAUCAAGCUGCGCAGUUUGGAAAUUGAAAUGGGAAAAGAAACUUCUUUCGUGGUACCAGAGGAGCAAGAAGCGUAUGUCGACGCCAGAAUCGACUUUAUAUCGUCUUUCGACACUUUGACCUGUUUGGAGCUGCAUGACUACGGCCAAUACCGUCAGGAGAUCACAGUCAACCCCGGUCUGAAGAGCUCACUCGUCAGAGCUAUUCUCAAACAUGAAAAAUUGACCAAGUUGAAGAUAUCCUACAGGGGCGUGACCAGUGGCUACAAAAUAACGUGUUUGGAGCCUGACACGAUCUUGACUUUGGUCGAUAAUCUUCCAGAGUUGAAGGUGUUUGAGUUCAUUCCAGAGCCGACCAAACUCGCAGAAAUUGCUAGAAUAAUAUGCCGUGGCCGCAACCUGACAACCGUCACUCUUAUCACAGGGGGCUCCUGGUCGAGCCUCGCUGAAAAUCAGGAGAAGGGUUUGGAAUUUCUGCACUCAAUCUUUGAGCGAGUUCUGAAGGGCGAUGCGGAUAGCGACGCUGGAGUCUUUGAAUGGGAAGACCAUAGCAAGAUCACGCGCGUAGCCGUGGAUUGGAUGAUAUGGGAAGUUGGAUCGAAACUUGGUAAGGCAAAAAAAGGAAUGAAAAAGACAAAGAAGAUGAGCGUUACAGUUGGCAAGCAAAAGCGGGAGGUUGUGUAUCGUGAUAUCGCGGAUUUUGUACGCGUUCCUCUUCUCAAUGGGCUUGGGAGCAAAUGGUUAGACAAGGUUAAGAACGAUAUCAAAUAAUUUCGAUAGCGUAGUAGAAUACCAGGCAUGAAUGAAUUAGAAGCGCUUUGAAC